GCCUUUCCUAUGAGAAGUGGGACCCGCUGGCUUGUUAACCGCUCGUGUCAGUGCGGUGAGGAUUGCAGACGGGGCUCUGGGUUCCCGAAGAGAUCCGACGUAGAUCCAGGAGUGGUGUGCGCUAUCAACGGUGAGGGAUGUGCAGAUGGAGGCGGGAGGAGACACUGCUGCCCCAGCCCCCGAGGAUGCGGAGGACUUGGAGGACACGCGGUUCCCCAGUAAGGAGGCUAGAGACGGUGGAGGGGUUCACGAGGACCCUCCCGAUCCUGGAGAUGGGAGCUUGGAGAAGACAGAAUCUGAUACCGAGGACCAGUCACCUGGCCUGCUGCCCCAGUCAGAGGCUCCAUCAUGCACCUAUGGGCUCUGGGAUCCUGCAGCCUCUGAGAAUAGUCCCCCAGGUGGCCCUGAGAGUGGCUCAGGGAGCCAGGGCGGGGACCCCAGUGAUGAGGACUGGCGCAGCAAGCGGAAGCACGUGUUUGUGCUGAGCGAGGCAGGCAAGCCCAUCUACUCGCGUUACGGUAGCGUGGAGGCCCUGUCAACGACCAUGGGUGUGAUGACAGCCCUCGUGUCCUUCGUGCAGAGUGCAGGAGAUGCCAUCCGUGCCAUCUAUGCUGAGGACCACAAGCUGGUGUUCCUGCAGCAGGGCCCACUGCUGCUGGUGGCCGUGUCCAGGACUCCGCAGUCAGCAGCCCAGCUGCGGGGGGAGCUGCUAGCUGUACACGCCCAGAUCGUGAGCACGCUGACCCGCGCGAGUGUGGCCCGCAUCUUCGCGCGCAAGCAGAACUACGACCUCCGCCGCCUGCUGGCCGGCUCGGAGCGCACUCUGGAUCGGCUUCUGGACAGCGUGGAGCGGGACCCAGGGGCCCUGCUGCUGGGCGCCGUGCGCUGUGUGCCUCUUGCCCGCCCGCUGCGGGAUGCGCUGGGUGCGCUUCUCCGACGCUGCACGGCGCCUGGCCUGGCCCUCUCGGUGCUGGCGGUUGGCGGUCGACUGGUGACGGCAGCCCAGGAGCGGACUGUGCUGGCCGAGUGCCGGCUGGACCCAGCCGACCUGCAGUUGCUGCUGGACUGGGUGGGCGCCCCAGCCUUUGCAGCAGGUGAGGCGUGGGCGCCUGUGUGCCUGCCCCGCUUCAAUCCCGAUGGUUUCUUCUACGCCUAUGUGGCCCGCCUGGACGCCAUGCCUGUCUGCCUGCUGCUGCUCGGCACCGACCCCGAGGCCUUCCAUGACAUGGCCACCUGCCGGCGCCUGGUGGAAGACGGCAUGCACACCCUGGGUGCCAUGCGAGCCCUCAGGGAGGCCGCCAGCUUCUCUAAUGCCCCAUCAGCCAGUGCCUCUGCCUACAGUGUGCAGGCCGUGGGGGCACCUGGCCUCCGGCACUUCCUCUAUAAGCCGCUGGACAUCCCCGACCAUCACCGCCAGCUGCCCCAGUUUACCAGCCCUGAGCUGGAGGCCCCAUACAGCCGAGAGGAGGAGCGGCAGCGCCUGUCAGACCUGUACCACCGCCUCCACGCGCGCCUGCACAACACCUCCCGGCCCCUGCGCCUCAUUUACCAUGUGGCAGAGAAGGAGACACUGCUGGCCUGGGUGACCUCCAAAUUUGAGCUGUACACCUGCCUCAGCCCCCUAGUGACCAAGGCAGGAGCCAUCCUCGUAGUGACCAAACUCCUGCGUUGGGUGAAGAAAGAGGAAGAUCGGCUGUUCAUUCGUUACCCACCCAAGUACUCCACACCCCCAGCAGCGCCAGCUGCCUCUGCAGACCAAGCUUCGCAUAAUGGCUUAUUCUCAGGACCCUGAGAGGCAGAGCUCCCAGACUGGGCAGUGCUGGGAACCACCACCUUUGGCUUUAAACUUCUCUCUCCACCCUGGAAAUGGGGCGGGGUGGGAGGUUGGAGGCGGUGGGGUCUGUGUCUGGUCCCUGUCUCCCUGGGCAGUGGAGCACGAUCUGCAGAGCUGCCUACAAAUGAGAAAUGGGUGGCAGAGUGACUGCACACAGGGGAGCAGGCUGCUUCCUCAGCACCCCCGGCCCCUUCCCCUCUGUGGAAAUCCUUAGGCUCCCACUUCCCAUCCCUGUGCCUAGUCUCCUCCACGAUGUUCUAGCCUCUGUCAGGGACUGUCUCCUCCAAUACUGGGCACCACCCACUCUGUCCUGCAUCAGGGGUCUGCCUCCUCCGUGGGAAUCUCAGCCCUUAGUGUCCCAGGCCGGCCAAGGUCUCUUUGGGUGGCCACGGGGGUUCUGGAAUUGGAAAUGCAGGACCAGCCUGUGCCGAGAAACAGCCAAAGGAUAUUUUAAAGAAGAAACUGCACAUAAAAGGCCUAAAACCAAUCCUUACAAGAACAUCCUUUGCCCUUCAUGUACUUUUAUCUUUACCCAGGCAAAAAUGACCCCACGUGUGUUGGCUGCUGCUAAAGUAAUGAGACAGUGUCCUCCAGCGUCCUGUCUGUGUAACCCGGGGCAAAGGACCUGAUGUCACAUGGUGGCUGAGGUCCAGAAUCUUUACACAGGAGGUGCACUUGGCUUCUAAGGCUCAUUCUCAUUAAUGAAAUGGAGAUAACUAACCUCUCAGACUGUUCAGUGAGGAUUUGUGACCGAAAAGGGACUCGAACUCUUGUGUACCGCCGCACGGCGCAUGCACAUUUGUCCCAGAUUUUCACUACCUGCACAGCACAAGCAACCUGGAGAGGGAGAGAGACCUCCUUGCAAUUUCCAUGUGUGGGUACAACACUCACUGCCUGAUGACCAAGACCCUAAUCUUGCCCUCGUUUUGUCGCACCCGGACUUGCGGGCCUUAUGUGUACGCAUGCGCGGUAACUGUCGCUCCGGGCUCCUGGCGGCCCACUUCCGGGAGCUGAAACCGUCUUUGCGCCUCACACCGGACGCAUGCGCACUGCCCAGCGUUGCCCGACUUCCGUUUAAACCAAUCAUCUCAAGGCGCAUGCGGGUCGGCUUCACGCUGGAAAAUGGCGGGGAGGUUGGAGCUUCUGGAAGUGGAGCCGCCGGAGGUCGCGUCGGAGGCUGAAGGUAGUGAGGGCCUCCGGGCCUCUCCUGGCCAGGGCAGAAGGGAGGGAGCUUUCGUCCCCUUACAGUAAUGAAAUAUUGGUAGCAGUACCAAAGUAAUAAUAAUAAGUAAAAUGCAAAAUUGUAAGCCUUUUAUUUAAAAAAAUUGCUGUUCAACAAAGUGGAGAUAAAUGAUAUGUAUAUUCACAUCAUCUAGAUUAACUGUCGUCAGCUUUAUUGGCUAUAUUGCUUAUGUAUUUGAAAGUAAACAAUAGACUAAAUAGUUCCAUAUGCAUCUCUUCAAACAAAAAAGGGGUGGAUGUUCUCACAAAACCCACUUGGCUGCUGCCACAUUCUAAGAAAAUUACCAGUAAUUCCUCAAUAUCAUCAUUCUACACCCAGCCCAUAUCACACUUUGCAUGGACUCUUAAAUCUUAAUCAUGAAUGGCCACUCCUACAGACAGCUGUUCUUCCUCCAGGGCGUUUUGUUGACAAUGACACCCCCACACCCGAGUGAGAGGAAAAGCAAAAUUGUCCUAGAGACAGUUGGAAACUGCAGUCCAGCCGAAAGAGGAAAAUCUCCCAUGACAAUGAUCCACUGCUAUGCCACUAGCAAUUUUUUUAUUAUAGAAAUUUUCAAAAUGUACCAAAGCAUAGGAAAUAGCAUGAUGAAUGCCCAUGUACCCAUCACUCUUGUUUCAACAAUUGUCCACUCUUUGCCCUCCUUUCAUCUAUAUUUGACCCCCUCUUCCUACACACUCUUUAAACCACCUUAUUAAUAAACACAUUGAAUUCCUUCUUUUCAGACCUAUCUAUGCAGGUGGCAAAAAUAAUUAUGAUUAUGUACUUGUUCGUUGUCCUAGGAUGUGAGCUUCGUGAGAACAGACUGUUUAUUGCACCUAAAACAAUGCCUGCUUGGCAUAUAGUAGGUGUUCAGUUGUUUUCUUUUCCUUUUUUUGUUGUUGUAGGAAUAAUGAAAUAACAACACUGUGAGCUCUCUUAGAUGAUACCUUCAUGUUAAAUGCAAACUUUUCAACAAGAAAUGACUGAUGCAAAUAGGUCUCCCUUAUUAAGCACUUAUUACAGGUGCCACUGCUAAAACAAAACAAAAAGCUAUUAUUAUCAAGCUUUCCAAUUAAAAGGGAAGUUAUGAUUAACUUCACCAGCAAUGGAGAAAAUUGAAAAGCAAAGCAUAUUAAGUUACCAUUUCUAACCCAUCAAAAUUGGCUUUACAGAGGGAGGGAUAUUUGGUAUUGAUCACUGGCAGAACAGGACUUCUCUUGCCUCAGUGGCAGAACUGACCAGUAAAGGCUUUGCUAGAGGCAGUUUGGCAGAGUAUUUUUAGCAUCUAAAAUUCUAUUUCAUAUCUUCAAUCAUAUAGAAUACACGAUGUGUGGAUCAGGAAGUGUCAUUAGAACACUGUUGAUGGAAGCAAAACACAGGAGCAGUCACGGGAAUGGCUAAAUUUAUGUAUAUCCAUGCAUUGUGGAAUGCCUGAGUAAUGGAUGUUUUUUUCUUAAGGGGCAGAAAAAAAUAAUUAAAUUCCACUUUAAUUUAAUGAAUCAAAAUUAACUUUAAAAGGAUAAGAUCAUGGUUCAUUGACCCUGAGUGUACUUAAAAAGAAAUCAUUCUUAUGAGAGAAAAGCAAGUUGGGGUUGAAAAAAGAAAAAAAAAAAAAGGGGCAGUUCAGCUAUAGCCCUGUGUGUGUUGCAUAGAAAAAUGUCUGAAGGCUAAAGGCUUAACUGAUGACUCUGAUCAAGGGACUUGGAUUUGGGGGGCUGUGCAGAAGUGGAGGCACUUUUGUAAUUUUCUUUUAAGGAAAAUGUAAGUAGUACUAGAUAACUUUAAAAUAUAAGGGGGAAAUUGUUGAAUGGCAUCUGAGGAUCAUACAUUAAUAUUGGUCAGUAUGAGCACCUCAGUUUUGAUGGUUAUACUGUGGUUACUUGGUAGAGUCCCUUUGUAAAUAGGAAAUAUACAUUGGAAUAUUAAGACAUAAUGGGUCAUGAUGCCUGCCUGCAAUUUAUGUACAGAAACGCUCACAAAUGGGAAAUCUGAUAAAAGGGCAGAUAGGAGCACUGUGGCCUAUUUCUACAAUGUUUAUGUACAUCUGAAAUUAUUUCCAAAUAAAGUGUUUCAAA